CUCUCUCUCUCUCUCUCUCUCUCUCUCUCUCUCUCUCUCACACACAUCUCCAAUGGAGCUUCACUCCCCGAGAGCAGCCAAAAGACUAUGGAACCUCCUCCGAAUCGCCUUCUUCAUGAUGAGAAAAGGCCUCAUCUCGAAGCGCAAGCUACUAAUGGACAUGAACUUGAUGAUGAAGAGAGGCAAACUCAUGAGCAAGAACCUCGGCAAGAAUCUCCACUUCCACCACCACCACCAUCGAACUUCCUCGCCCUUCAUCCUCCAAGAAUACGAGUUCUCCUGCACCAACAGCCCCAACCCCGCGUUCUCCCACUCCAAGCGCCGCUACUUCCCCUGCUUCAAUCCUAUCGUCGAGGAUGAGACGCCGAGGGCCGCCUGCACUGUGCCCAGGAUCGAAUACUCGCCCUUACCGUCGCCACUGUGCUUUGCCCUGUCUCACGACAGAUCGCCAUUCAGAUCGCCAUUCUCGGUGAGAAUAUCGAAUUUCUCUGCAGAGGAGGAGAGUGGUUGUGGGGAUGCACAAGUUGAUGAUGAGGCCGAAGAGUUUAUAAAGAGGUUUUAUGAGCAGUUGAGGGCGCAGAGUCGGAUUGCUUUGAUUGAGUAUCAAGAGAAGGAGGUUCAAGAGAUGCUGGCGAGAGGGAGAUGAGCAUAAAAUACAGUCUACGUAUGUACUGUACAUAAUUUUUUUUUGUUCUAUUAAUAAUGGGGUAUUUGAAAGAUGAAUACCUAGUACUUUUAUUAUUGUCUGGUGAGGGACUUUGUCAGUGAGAUGGAGUUGUACCCCUUUUAUAAAGCCUGUUAUGUAUUUU